GGACAAAACAAAACACCCAAAUGUUUUUGUUGUCUACACAACCCAAGAAACUUGAUGUAUACCGAUGCUCGAUUUUAUUUGCCAAACUUCAAUGCAAGUUCGACUCCCGCCACAAAUCGAAUGGUGAUUCCUGAUUCAGAAAAUUAGGGAGCGUCGUUUAGGCCUGCGAGUGACGAUGGAGUUCCAAGGGAUGUGCGAUGUGGAGCAAGAAAAGCCCGUGGACACCGAUGCGGGCGGCGCCCCAGAACCCUACCAGCACCAGCAGUCUGCUACUGGUGCUGUCAAGAGGGAGGGCGCGCCCUUCUCGGCGGCCCCUGGUGCAGCGCCCGUCAAGGCCGAGACCGACACCGGCAUGGACGUGGACGACGAGGGAAUGCCACCCCAGGCGGCCCGGCACUCACCCCCGCAGUCGGGCACAGGGCCUUCCCCGCCCCAGGACGCGGCUGACGGCUCCCGGUCCAGCAGCGCCUCCGAGGAGAUCCUCCCCGACCGGAGGGCGGCCGCGGCUCUGCCGCUCGAGAAGGUUGACGUCGGCUCGCUCUCCCUGCACCACCACAACGACUCCGCGUCCGAGCCGCCGUCGGCCGCGGACCCAGACCCGCUGGAGCUGGACGAGGCCAGCGAGGCCGGCGGCGAGGCCAAGGUGGUGGAGGAGCGCAAGGAGAGGACGACGCGGCAGCGCAGGACGGUGGCGCGGCCGGCCGCCCAAGGCACGCACGCCCACAGCGAGGACAGCUACGACGACUGCUCCAGCAGCGAGGAGGAGGAGAUGCGCAAGACCAUCAUGAUCGGCAGCGCGUACCAGGCCGUGGUGCCCGAGGGCUUCACCAAGUACGCCGACAAGCCGUACAAGCACAACGACAAGCUGCUGUGGGAGCCCCGCAGCGGCCUGCCCAGCGACGCCAUCGACCUGUACCUGCAGACCUCGCAGGCCAUGGCGGACUCCGUGGCCUCCGCGGACGGGCUCGACCUCAUGCCCAUGGGCGCGCACGUCCGCGACGACGAGCAGGCGCUGUUCCAGCUCAUGCAGUGCAACCACAACGUGGAGGAGGCCCUGAGGAAGCGGCACUCCGCCUCGCCCGGGCCGCCCGGCGCGGCCGCCUCCACGCCCUGGACGGACGAGGAGUGCAGGGAGUUCGAGAACGGCAUCCUCACCUUCGGCAAAGACUUUCACGCCAUCCAAGCUCAGAGGGUGAGGACGAGAACUGUCAGCGAAAUAGUUCAGUUCUACUACCUGUGGAAAAAGACUGAGAGGCAUGAUAUUUUUGCCAACAAAAUGCGACCUGAGAAGAAAAAGUACAUGCUUCAUCCUGGUGUUACCCUUGUAGUUUACGAAUUACUCGAUAAAGAAAACCAAAAAGAUGCAACCUCUAGAGAUGCCGUAACAGCUUGAACUUGACCGCAUUGCAAGAUGCUCAUAAUAGAAUGUGAUGUGCAGAUUUUAUGAUUAGUUUAGUUAGAUGCAGCAAUUGGAUGAACAAUCUGUUUUUGUUUGUAAUAUGUUUUGGUGCUGUGGUGGCAUCAAUACAAAUAUGUGAUGUUAAUUGUAGCUUCUUAAAUGACCCUUCAUGUGUCUUCUUAAAUGGAUCAAUUUAUUUCAUCAUUCAUGUCAUUACAAUUUUGAGAUCAUUUGAAUGAAAAUUAUAGUUUAACAAAAUGGUGUUUGUCUUUCAUGAUGAAAAAAAAAGCCAAAAGGAUUUACAGAUUUAUUUUACUCUUUUAGAUUUCAUUGUAACAGUAAGUUGCCCCAUUCACACCUCUCAAUAAAAUUGGUUUACAAAAGAA